GUGGGGGUAGGGUACACCGAGCUCUGAUUUCAUGCAGAUCCUAAAAAAUGAUUUGUAACAUUACGAACAGACGUUUUAAGGGAUCGCAUGGCGGUGUUUGGAAUAUUGAGUACGCAACAAUUCUAAAGAAAAACAAAAAAAACAAUAGAAAAUGCUCAAUAAUGGGUUAGUAUAGGAAAUGCGGAGAGGUUGAUUUAAGGCGUGUUGGGAGUUGGGUAUAUGAGGGCAAAAAAUAAUUUAAGCAGAAUUCUCCAGACUCGGAAGCUCAGUGCUCUCGUUUCUUGUAUCAGAGACGGAGCGACUCGCAGACAGACGCUGAAAACCGACCCUUAAUGUUUUCUCUGGAAUUUACAGUCGAUGGGUUUUUCAUGAGCGGCAGCUAAUGCUCGUGGCAAAAAAACUUCUAACAUCACUCAACCCUAGCCAAAUGUUCCAAUGCUGACCGCAAGCUUCUCCCCGACCUGGAAACUCCUUUAGGACCUCAGUGGAGAAGGAUGGAGAGAAAAGACAGGGAAGGAAGCCAAAGUGAGUGACCUGGAACAAAGAGAUCUCUUGGAAAUUUUCUUCUUUGUUUGUCAGGGGGGGGGGAAUUUAAACAAAAUACCAAAAAAAAAAACCAGUGGGACUUUGGACGAAGCCAAAAAGUUGUCACAGACUUGGAAGGUUCUACCCCAUCUCCUGGAGGCCCGUCACUGGAAGACGUUCUCUUAUCUUGGGAGUUUCUUGUUUUUUGUCUGCGUUUUAGUUUAAUUGGCAGCGAUUUCAACUGGAAUUCUUCUUUUAAAAAACUUUGGCUUGUCUUUGGCUUCUUGCAGACUAGUUUGGACUGGCUCAUAAGUACAUCUUAAGUUGGAAGCAAGAGACCCUGCAGAGGACGAGGCUUUGUUUGGAGGUGGUGGGCUUAGCCGUGCAAGAUGCUUGCGUUCUGGAUCUUGAUGGUUGGCUUGGUUGGGCUGUUAAGAGGAUGCCAGUUGCCCCAGGACUGGAGACCACAAACAGAAGCCUGCAGGGCUGAAUUAGUGGAAACGGUGGUGUUUGCCAAGGUGUUAGCGCUUCACAAGGACAGUUACAGUGUCUACAAUUACUUGCCUUGGCAAUAUGACUCUGAUCUCUUCUACUCUGCCGAGAUCGAGCUGGUUUGUGACCAAGGCUGGGGGAGCAUGCUUGAGGUCCCUUCUGGUUCCAGGCUCAAUGUAUCAGGACUGGGCUAUUUCCCCUGCCAUUCCUACACUGUGAUGGAAAACAACUCUUAUUACUUCUUCUUAAGGAUGGACGAGAAUUACAAUCUCCUCCCGCAUGGGGUUAAUUUUCAGGAUGCCAUCUUCCCAGACACCCCAGAGAACCACAGAACGUUUGCCAGUCUCUUCCAGUUCUCCAACUGUUCUCCUGGAGUUGAGCCUCAAAUCUACACUCCGGACUGGGAAGCCCAAGAGGACCACAGGCUGCUCUGUAGCACAGUCCAGAAGGCUCUUCUGGAGGAGGAGGAGCGGGUGAAGACAUUAUCCCAAAAGGUCCGGAUCCUGGAGAAAGCCAACGGACACCUGCGAGAAAAAGUGAAGAACCUCAAACGUUCUCUGCGUCAGGCUAACGUGGAGAGUAAGAGAGAAGCCUUGCUGGCCAAGCGGCUACUGGCCAAAGAGAAGGGUCUAGAAGAAGAAGACCCCAAUACAGACAAUCACAAGAAGAACCAAGCCAGAACCGCCCAAAAAUCCACUGGAAACAUGAUGGAUUAGUCGAGUGCCUGUGGCAGGAAUAUGUAUCGCUAGUAUUUAAGGGUUGAAAAUAGAGCUUUUCGGGCAACAAAGUGUCUGAUAAAGGGGACACGGUUCUGAUAAACGCUUAUCUUUGUAUGUAAAGAUAUCGUAGUCUCUUUUACAUAAGAUUCUAGCAAUUAUAUAUUUUGGAGGGGCAGUAGAUUGUCAAGGAUUUUGCUACAUUAUAUCCGCAUCUUCAUUAAGACUCCCAGUAGAACUCGGAACUAUAUUUUUUCUGUAAGAUCUAGAAUUUGGAUGUCUU